AUAUUUACUGAUUAUUAUGUGUAAUAUCGUGUAAUAUUUAAAAUGUGUGAAACAGCAAGUAAAAAGGCGAAUUUUCUGCAAAAGUAUUCAUUUCUAGCCGAAAUAAAUUCGAAUCGUUUCGUUGGUUGCUAUGAUAGUAAAUAUAUGAUCCAUCUUGCAUUACCUGAAUUUCCGGAAACCAGUCGCACAAGUAUUGCCGUUUUUGCUGGAUUGGAGCCGGUUGAUGUGAAAGAGAUGCUUAAAAUGGAAGAUACUUCACUAUUGCUAGACGAUGUGAUUAAAUAUUUAGACAAAUAUCAGAUCAUACCGAGAAAAGUUGUCGAUAUCAAUGUAGACUCGGUGCUAAAAGUUUUCAAACAAUUGGAAAAGAUCAAAAGCGACCAUUCCUGUAAGAUUUUUACAACCUCCGAUAUGUCGAAAAUCAAACUGACCGGUUUCAAAUCGAUGGCUGAUCAUUCACUGGAAAUGAUGCGAACAGGAGACGGCGAAUUCCAAGUGACAUCCCACAGUCUGCCGGAUCUUGGAUCGUCCAUCGAAUUAUUCAAGUGGCAUGCAUCUCCGGAAGCCCAUGCUUCCUCGUUUGUUCAAAUACUGGAACAAUUGGAAGAGUUCUACAGCAAUAUGCACACGCUGGACGAGCUGUGCCACGUGGUCGAACCGGCGCACAUCGAUACACGUUGCACGUGGCGGAUCAUUCGGUUCAAUCAGAAGGUGUUCCUCAAGAUCACGCUUCACCCUUUGCAGCCGUCUUCGGUGGUGGUUGCGUUUCUCGGCCCCACCAUUGAAGUCGAGUACCUUCGAGAGCUGUACAACGGGAAACUGCACGACUGGGACCCGGAGAGCGAUGUCUACACCAAUCUGCUGAGGAUAUUCGAAAUAAUGGCGUUUCCUAUGCGGAUCGAGCAACCCGGCAACGAUGAGGAGGUGGCCGCGUGUGGGAUCUGCAUGUCCUAUCGGGAUGAUCAGAAUAAGAUCCCAAUCAUAUCGUGCGACAAUGAGAAGUGUUCGCUGAUCUUUCAUAUUGGUUGCUUGAAAGAGUGGUUCAUGUCGCUAAAGGACAGCAGAACGUUCUUCGCCAUUUCAGUGGGCACCUGUCCUUAUUGCAAGCAGAAAGUGUCGUCCAGCUUCGAUGAACUGUUGAACAAUUUGGAAUUGAACCCCGCCAAAUCAGCAUAGGAGAAGGCGAAAUAAAAUACAAAGCAAACUUGGAAAUUAA